UGUAGCCUACUUGCUUAUUGACCAUUCUCUCACACUGCUGGAGCUACUUUUACACAGAUGUGAGUCCUUAGUGACUAUUAACAAGAAACAGCAGUUUUUCGUGGAAUGAAUGGAUCUUAGCCUAACCCAGAGGUGUAGCAUAGGCAGAUGCAAUGCAUAAACUGUGACCAUGACUACUGAAGUGGGUGCAGCGUCAGAAGUGAAGAAGGACGCAGACCAGUUGGGAGCAGAAGCAACCAAGGAGAAACCUAAAGAAAUAGCAGAAAAUCAGCAGAGCCAGUCCUCUAACGCAGAGGAAGACAAAGGCUCCCAGCCAUCUCCUGCCACUGAAGGCCAAAGCAGUCCACGCCGACAGAAGAGAGAGAAGGACCCAUCAGAGAGCAGGGGCAUUUCUCGAUUCAUCCCCCCAUGGCUGAAGAAGCAAAAGUCAUACACCUUAGUAGCGGCCAAAGAUGGAGGGGAUAAAAAAGAGCCAACCCAAGCUGUUGUGGAAGAACAGGUCUUAGAUAAAGAGGAUUCUCUUGCAGAAGAAGAGAGGCAGGCCAAGGGUGACGCUGAACAGGCUCAGACGAAGCAGCAGGAAGCGAAAGCUGAAGUCAAGGAAGAAAAACCCUCUGUGAGCACUGCUGAGAUCCAGCCUGCAGAAGAAAUAAGUAAGGAGAGAGAAGAGGAGAAGGUAAAGGAAAUACAACAAGACCAAACAGAAGAAGCAACAAAAAGGGAGACAAAGGAAGUGCAGACCAAUGAGCUAAAGUCGGAGAAGACCUCUCAAAAAGCCGCAAAGAAGACCAAAACGGUGCAGUGCAAAGUGAUCCUUCUGGAUGGUACUGAGUACUGCUGUGACCUGGAGAAACGUGCUAAGGGCCAAGUGUUAUUUGACAAAGUGUGUGAACACCUGAAUCUCUUGGAGAAGGACUACUUUGGACUUUUGUUUCAGGAAAAUCCCGAGCAAAAAAACUGGCUAGAUCCUGCGAAAGAAGUAAAAAGACAACUGCGAAAUCUUCCAUGGCUGUUCACUUUCAAUGUGAAGUUUUAUCCUCCGGAUCCAUCUCAGCUGACAGAAGAUAUCACCAGAUACUUCCUGUGCCUUCAGCUUCGACAGGACAUUGCCUCUGGACGCCUGCCCUGUUCUUUUGUGACUCAUGCCCUUUUGGGAUCCUACACGCUGCAGGCUGAACUUGGGGAUUAUGACCCUGAAGAGCAUGGUAGUAUUGACCUUAGUGAUUUCCAGUUUGCUCCCACACAGACUAAGGAGCUGGAAGAGAAGGUGGCUGAGCUGCAUAAAACCCAUAGGGGCUUGUCUCCAGCACAAGCUGAUUCUCAGUUCUUAGAAAAUGCGAAGAGGCUUUCCAUGUAUGGUGUAGACCUGCAUCAUGCCAAGGACUCAGAAGGCGUGGACAUCAAGUUGGGCGUGUGCGCUAACGGACUUCUCAUUUACAAAGACAGACUGAGAAUCAAUCGUUUUGCUUGGCCGAAAAUCUUAAAAAUUUCUUAUAAGCGCAGUAACUUCUACAUUAAAGUUAGACCAGCGGAGCUGGAACAGUUUGAGAGCACCAUUGGAUUCAAACUGCCAAACCAUCGGGCGGCAAAAAGGCUAUGGAAAGUGUGUGUGGAACAUCAUACUUUCUACAGGCUUGUGUCUCCAGAACAGCCACCAAAGGCCAAGUUCCUGACUUUGGGGUCCAAAUUCCGCUACAGCGGCCGCACUCAAGCACAGACCCGCCAGGCAAGCACCCUCAUAGACAGGCCAGCACCACACUUUGAGCGCACCUCCAGUAAACGGGCCUCAAGGAGUCUAGAUGGAGCCCCGCUUGGAGUUAUGGACCAAAGACUCGGGAAAGAGUUUCCUGGUCCCGCUGGGGAGAUUUCACCCUAUGGACCUGGAGUUGUCAGCAUGUCUGUGGUACAAGAUGAGGAUAGCAGGAGGGAAAUCAGAAGUCCCAGUAAAGUCUCCCAUCUGCCACUCCUGGAAGGAAAGAAAAAUUCCCUGAGAGUAGAAGGGGAUAAUAUUUAUGUCAGACAUAGCAAUUUAAUGUUGGAGGAACUGGAUAAGGCCCAGGAGGACAUACUGAAACAUCAGGCUAGCAUUAGUGAACUCAAGCGCAAUUUUAUGGAAUCCACACCUGAGCCGCGCCCCAAUGAAUGGGAAAAACGACGUAUCACACCUCUGUCCCUACAGACACAAGGGAGAAAAGGCGACCAUCUUUUCAAGGAUAUUUUAUCCAUGAAGGAGAAGUACCUGAAGGCGGCCGCGCGGACAGUUGAAGAACAGCCUCAGGAGGCAGACAAGACACGUGCUCCUGAGUCCGAAGGGCCUUGCAUUGGAGCCAGGGAUGCUGUUAAGAGUUCACAUGAGACUCUGAAUGUAGUGGAGGAGAAGCAGCGGGCAGAGGUUGGGAAAGACGAAAGAGUAAUCACAGAAGAAAUGAAUGGUAACGAGCUAUCACCUGGGAGUGGUCCUGGGGAGAUUCGUAAGGUGGAGCCUGUGGCACAAAAAGACUCCACCUCCCUGUCUUCUGAGAGCAGCAGCAACAGCGAGAGUGAGGAGGAAGAUGUGGGAGAGUACCGACCCCACCACCGUGUGACCGAGGGCACCAUCAGGGAAGAACAGGAGGAGGAUGAAGAAGAGAUGGAGGAAGAACCCAGCCGAGCAGCCAAGGUAGUAGAGAGGGAGGAAGCAGUGCCAGAAGCCAGCCCAGACAGACAAGCAGGUGCCAGUGUACCUACAGUAGACACAGUGACCCAGGAAAAGGUAGUUGCCCAGGAGCCCUCUGGAGAGAAGAGUGUCAACGAAGGCGCUCUUAAGCAAGACAUGAGAGAAGAAACAGAGGACAAGCAACAUAGAGUUAACGGAGAGGUGUCUCAUGUUGACGUUGAUGUUUUGCCACAGAUUAUUUGUUGUUCUGAGCCACCAGUGGUAAAAACAGAGAUGGUAACAAUUUCUGAUGCCUCACAGAGAACAGAAAUCUCCACCAAGGAAGUCCCCAUUGUCCAAACUGAGACCAAAACCAUCACAUAUGAGUCUCCACAGAUUGAUGGCGGGGCUGGUGGUGAUUCAGGCACAUUGCUGACUGCACAAACCAUCACGUCUGAGUCGGUGUCGACAACAACCACCACACACAUCACCAAGACUGUAAAAGGCGGAAUAUCUGAAACCAGAAUUGAGAAACGCAUUGUGAUCACAGGAGAUGCAGAUAUUGAUCACGAUCAGGCCCUGGCUCAGGCCAUCAGGGAAGCCAGAGAGCAGCACCCCGACAUGGCCGUCACCAGAGUGGUGGUGCACAAGGAGACAGAGCUGGCAGAGGAAGAGGAGGAGUAAGUCAGUCAUUUAUUAAGCAACAUUCAUGCUUGUGAAGAAUUUGGA